AUGGAUGAGCUCGACCAGAAUCAGCUUCAAAUGCUCAAGAAGGCAUUUGAUACGUUUGACCGUGAAAAGAAAGGAGUUAUCGGAACAGAUAUGAUUGGAACGAUUUUAGAAAUGCUUGGCCACGAAUUAGAUGACGAUACCCUUACGGAAAUUAUUCAAGAAUACGACCAAAAUGCUACUGGAGAGUUAGAAUUUAGGUCAUUCUGUUCAUUGGCAUCCAGGUUUUUGACUGAAGAAGUAGACGCUGAGGCCAUGCUUGCUGAACUGAGAGAGGCGUUUCGGCUUUAUGACAGAGAAGGAAAUGGAUACAUAACGACGGAUGUGUUAAAGGAAAUUUUCAAAGAACUGGACAACACGUUAUCAGCUGACGAAUUAGAGGCAAUGAUAACAGAGAUUGAUGCAGAUGGAUCGGGCACAGUUGAUUUUGAUGAAUUCCUAGCAGUGAUGACAGGCGAG